CCGAAGUUCCUCGACUGUUGGCGCGGCUGACUUCACACACGACACGCCGUUAGGAUUUCCGAUAUUUAUUACCGUAGGAUAGUUGCGUUCGCGACCUUAGCGUCGAAUAUCGUACACACAGUGUUUUGUGUACGAUACAACUUACUCGAUUACUUAGUUUAAACAUUUAAAGGAUUGAAGGACGCAAUAGUGUAAUUUACGAACGUGUAAUGGAACGAUAUUGGUUUUGUUUAAAAUUACACGAGUACGAUACUGUAGCAAAAUAAGGAAAUAUGACUUCUCUAAUACUGGGCACUAGUAUUUGGAUAAAUUUUUGACGCAGUAUGUUUGGAUGCGAUUAUUAAUUUAAUAAGUUUCGACGAACACUUGAGUACUUAAGGUAACUACUUGACUUGAAUGUAUUAUAAGGGAUGUUGCAAUGGCGCCUUUCCAAACAACGGUGACUAUUAGACAAGAAAAUGUACAAAAUCUGGGACAAGAUGUUGCCGAUGUGCAAAUUCUGCCUGACGAGGACAACUGGGCGGAAAAUACGACGGCUAUCACCGGAAACACAUCCGAGAGAUCUGAAUCGAUGGAAGAUCUUGAGAAGUGGACGAACGAGGAGAACUCCUUCAACGUCACUUGCACGCGUCACAUCAGCACGACGUUCACCAACAUAGUUGUUAUCAGUGGAUUUUUCAGUCCACUAAUAAUGGUUAUCCUACCGAAACUUGGCCUUUUCUCGGACGCAUUCGCAACGUUACCCAUACAAGAGAAGCUGGUGUAUGCGUCGUGUAAUAUAGAAUGUAAAGGCCAUUUACUUGGUAUAGCGUUUAAGGUAACGUUGUUCGGUAUCGGCAAUUGGGCUAUAUUUUUGAGGCCGAGGAAAGCCGUCAUGCCUAGAUUACUGACCUUUCAAACUGGAGUGGUUACUCUGUCAUUGCUAUGUUUAUGCACAUACUGGUUGUUUUACAUAGUACAGAUUACCGAAGGCGCUAAAACUGCUGUUGUUGGAGACUUGGUAGAAUAUAAAAGUCUUGUCACUUACGCCGAAAAUCUGAUCAACUCAUUAUUAUUCAUUCACUUUAUUGCCGUUAUACUAUUGGAGAUUCUUCACUUGAAGCCGACGUACUAUUUGAAGGUCAUACGAUCGCCAGACGGCGUGUCCCGCUCAUACGCGAUCGGAGAGCUUUCCAUUCAGCGGGCGUCUAUUUGGAUUCUGGAAAAGUACUACACCGAGUUUCCAGUCUACAAUCCCUACCUAGAGCGAUUGCCCGUCUCAAAAUCCAGCAAAAAGCAUUCGAGCAAUUUCAAGUUCUACGACGUCGACGAGAAUAUCGCCAACACAUCGUCGGAUCAGACCAAUCGAUUAGGCGGCGGAAGCGAUCGAGCUAUAUUAGCUGCACAAGCGCGAAGGCGAGACUCGAGUCACAACGAGCGCUUCUACGAGGAGCACGAGUACGAGAGAAGAGUGAAAAAGCGCAAAGCUAGACUGAUCACUGCCGCGGAAGAAGCUUUCGCUCACAUACAGAGAGUGAAUUCGGAAACUGGAUUGGCUGCCAAUCAAAAUCCCCUGGAUCCAAUGGAGGCAGCUCAAUCGGUUUUCCCAUCCAUGGCGCGAGCAUUGCAAAAGUACUUGAGAAUCACGCGACAGCAGCCGCAACACUCUGUCGAAAGUAUCUUAGAAAGACUGGCACAUUGCUUGGCACAAGACGCCACACCGAAGGCAUUUUUAGAGCCGUUUUUUAAUACAAAGCCUGUCCUGUCUAACGAGAAGGAGAGGCAACGCACAUAUCAGCAUUGGGCACUCGUUUGCGAGGGCGAGCUUCCUUCGAGAAACAUUACCAAUGGUUGUGAAUUUCAAUUGAGACAAGGAGAGAUCGCACUUUUAUGCAGUGUCUACACAUUGCCAUAUUUUUAUCUGACUGAACAAAUAGCACUUCCGAAGUCUAACAAGUUUUUUAUAAAAUUUAAUUCAGAGACACCCUUGUAGAUAUAUCGAAUAAAUAUGUACUAUUCAGUAAAAAAAAAA